CCACCAUGAUCCCAUGACGCUGGAAUGCUGUCCGCGAUCUUUGGCAUAUCGCAUGCAAGGCGCGCGAGGCGGCCGGUGCGGCUGGCCGGCCCAGCAGGCUCCGGUGCCGGUGCACUGCGGCCGACUCACCCGGGCGAGAUCAUGCCUGAUGUUUCAGUUUGUUCGAGCUGGGAGUCGAGUGAGGGGCUGAGAACUCAGACAGGAGACACAGAUUUUCAAAACUUGUGGGGAGCUGGCUGUGCUGGAUGCAGGAUGAGUUGGUUUCAAAAGUUAUUUGGAUACAACCAUGGAGUUGUGAUUGGAAUGUUGCAUGUACCAGCUUUACCAGGUACUCCAUGUCAUAAUAUGACAUUGCAAGCAAUUAUCAAGAAGGUAUGCAGUGAAGCCAGAGGAUAUGUACAAGCUGGAAUUACCGGACUGAUGUUGGAAAACAUGCAUGAUGUACCAUACAUACAACCUGAUGACAUAGGACCUGAGAUUACAACUUCAAUGACUGCAGUAUCCUGCGCUGUUCGUCAGGAGUAUCCCAAUAUACCUAUAGGUGUCCAAGUUCUCUCUGCUGCUAAUAAACAAGCUCUUGCUGUUGCAUUGGCAGCAGGACUAGACUUCAUUCGAGCUGAGGGCUUUGUAUUCAGCCACAUUGGAGAUGAAGGACUUCAGAAUGCUUGUGCAGGAGAGUUGCUGAGAUAUCGAAGACAAAUUGGAGCAGAUCAUAUCAAAGUCCUUACAGAUAUCAAGAAAAAGCACAGCUCUCAUGCCAUAACAUCUGAUGUAAGUAUAUCAGAGACAGCCAAGUCAGCAGAAUUCUUCUUGAGUGAUGGGUUGAUAGUCACAGGAACCAGUACAGGUGUUCCAGCUAGUCCUCAAGAUAUUCAAGAAGUGAGAGAGGUUGUGAAUCUUCCAGUAGUGAUUGGUUCAGGGGUCACUGUGGACAACCUUCAUGAAAGCAGAGCCAUGCUGCAUGCUAAUGGAUGCAUUGUAGGGUCACACUUCAAACAUGGUGGACAUUGGCAAAACGAUGUGGACCUAAGACGAGUCAAACACUUCAUGGACGAAGCAAAAACAUUGCAGACAUGAACUCUGACAGAGAUGUUACACUUGAAAUGAACAAGAUGAAUGUGAGCGUGAGAAAUCUUCCAAAUGAUUGUUCCUGGCAACCCAUGGGCUGUUAUUUUCUGCAGGUGAUUAAAUCUAAUCUCUUUACUAGGAUUGUAGAUUCCUGAUCAAUCUUAUGAAAGCCCCAAAAUGGGACAUGCUGAUUAUCUGCAAAAAGAAAACAAGGAAUAUACAUGUUUCUGUAUCAAGAUCAUCAAUGUCAAAAUAUUGACAUCCAUCAAGUUCAAGUGAUGACCUAUAGAAGUUUAACUUUCAUUUUGGUUAGCCUGUAUCAACCCCAAUCUCUAG